ACUCCUGGGCGCUGUGGAGCAACCUCUCCCGGCUCCGGGGCUUUGAGAGACAACCCCGAGGCAAGGGUGUUUGGGGAGCGGCUGCGGAGCCAGGGCUUUGGAGGAGCCAGGCGAGCAUUUUCAGCUGUGCCUCGGCCCCGAAAUGUGACUACAAUGGAGUAGCUCGGCAGAGGCCUCCAGUCUCUGGAUUGAUAGCUUAGAAUAUGCCAAAAAGCCAGUGCUUUCCAUGGGGAAUUGAAGGGCCAGCUGGUCCCAGUGACAGUGACCUGGAGCAAGGGAGUCAGAAGACAGUUGUAGAAAGCAAGAGGGACCUUCCAAGGGCUCCUGGCAAGCCGCUGUCACAGCCCUCUGAUGGAACGCCUGUGAGGUCCUUUGGCCAGGGGAGCAAGUGGCACAGUGCAGAGGGCUGCCCAUGAAUGAGGAGCCCUGAGGGUCUGGCUGCCCCCACUCCCUGCUGAGGAACUCGAGGGACAUCAGAGCCCGGGUGUGCUCUCCCUUGGGACGAUGAGGACUCUGAACACCUCCACCAUGGACAGGGCUGGGCUGGCGGUGCAGAGGGACUUCUCCUUCCGCGUCCUCACAGCCUGCUUCCUGUCCCUGCUCAUCCUGUCCACGCUCCUGGGGAACACCCUGGUCUGUGCCGCCGUCAUCAGGUUCCGACACCUGCGGUCCAAGGUGACCAACUUCUUCGUCAUCUCCUUGGCUGUGUCAGAUCUCUUGGUGGCUGUCUUGGUCAUGCCCUGGAAAGCGGUGGCCGAGAUCGCUGGCUUCUGGCCCUUUGGGUCCUUCUGUAACAUCUGGGUGGCCUUUGACAUCAUGUGCUCCACUGCGUCUAUCCUCAACCUCUGUGUGAUCAGCGUGGACAGGUACUGGGCUAUCUCUAGCCCCUUUCGGUAUGAGAGGAAGAUGACCCCCACGGCCGCUUUCAUUCUGAUCAGCGUGGCGUGGACUCUGUCUGUCCUCAUCUCCUUCAUCCCCGUUCAGCUCAGCUGGCACAAGGCGAAACCCGCCGGCCCUUCUGAUGGGAACGCCACUUCCCUGGGCGACACGACGGACAACUGUGAUUCCAGCUUGAGCAGGACAUAUGCCAUCUCCUCCUCCCUCAUCAGCUUUUACAUCCCCGUGGCCAUCAUGAUUGUCACCUACACCAGGAUCUACAGGAUCGCCCAGAAGCAGAUCCGGCGCAUCUCGGCCUUGGAGCGGGCAGCGGUGCACGCCAAGAACUGCCAGACCGCUGCGGGGAAUGGGGGCCCCGUGGAGUGUUCGCAGCCGGAAAGCUCCUUUAAGAUGUCCUUCAAGCGAGAGACGAAGGUUCUGAAGACGCUGUCUGUGAUCAUGGGGGUGUUUGUGUGCUGCUGGCUCCCCUUCUUCAUCUUGAACUGCAUGGUGCCCUUCUGUGGGUCUGGGGAGACCCAGCCCUUCUGCAUCGAUUCCAUCACCUUUGACGUGUUUGUGUGGUUUGGGUGGGCUAAUUCUUCCUUGAACCCCAUCAUUUAUGCCUUUAAUGCUGAUUUUCGGAAGGCGUUUUCAACCCUCUUAGGAUGCUACAGACUUUGCCCCACGGCGAACAAUGCCAUAGAGACAGUCAGCAUCAAUAACAACGGGGCCGUGGUCUUCUCCAGCCACCACGAGCCGCGGGGCUCCAUCUCCAAGGACUGCAACCUGUAUCUCAUCCCGCAUGCCAUGGGCUCCUCCGAGGACCUGAAGAAGGAGGAGGCAGGGGGAGUAGCCAAACCCUUGGAGAAGUUGUCCCCAGCCCUGUCCGUCAUUCUGGACUACGACACGGAUGUCUCUCUCGGAAAGAUCCAGCCCAUCACCCAGAACGGACAGCACCCAACCUGAGCUCUGAGCUGCACCCUGCAGCUCUGCUCAUCCUGCAGGCGAGAGGAGGUUUCUCUGGGGCUUGCUGUUAAGAAGCUAAGGUGUGCUGAGACUCCGAGGCGUCAGGCGAGCCCUGCUCUGCUGCGUUUCCUUCCACACACGACUGACCACGUUUAAAAAUACAUUCCAGUGUGUUUUCGGUGUUCUUCAUAGUGAAUCGAAGAGGCACGCAUGUGAAGUGAGUGAUCGCCAGGGACGUGUCUUUGGCUCCAAAAUCAUUUUUAGAAACU